AUGCCGCUGGGACUUCGGGGCAAGAAGAAAGCCGGGCCCAAGGACGCGUCCAAGCUGAUGGAGGGCGAGCGGGUCGCUCGGAGCACUGGGAGCGCCCGGCCCCUGCCCCUGGAGCUCCAGCCCAAGCCCAAGCCCAAGCUGGUGUUCCACACGCAGCUGGCACACGGCAGCGCCACGGGCACAGUGGAGGGCUUCUCUAGCAUCCACGAGCUUUACGCCAAGAUCGCCCAGGUGUUCGAGAUCUCGCCCUCCGAGAUCUUGUACUGUACUUUAAGCACUCCCAAGAUUGACAUGGAAAGACUCUUAGGAGCACAAAUCGGUCUGGAAGAUUUCAUAUUUGCCCACGUGAAAGGAAUUCAGAAAGAAGUGCAUGUGUAUAAAUCAGAAGACGCCCUUGGCCUCACCAUCACAGACAAUGGCGCUGGCUAUGCUUUCAUAAAGAGAAUUAAACACGGCAGCCUGAUGGACACAGUGAAGACCGUCUGUGUGGGGGAUCACAUCGAGGAGAUAAAUGGCCAGAACAUCGUUGGGUGGCGGCACUAUGAUGUCGCCAAGAUGCUCAAAGAGCUAAAGAAAGAGCAGUCAUUUUCGCUCAAGUUGAUAGAGCCUAAGAAGGCUUUCGAAAUACAGCCAAGGUCGGGGACUGGGAGGACGACGGUUGGAAAUAUCGCCUCUGGCAAGGGAACCCUACGGCUGAGAUCAAAAGGUCCCGCCACUGUAGAAGAGCUGCCUUCAGAGUCAGAUGAGAAAGCCAUUAAGAAGGUGGAUUCUUUUCUGGAAUUAUACCUGGGUGUCGGAGAUAUUGAACUAGCUGCAACAAUAUUUGAAGCCGGAAAGGACAAGUUGAACCCAAAUGAAUUUGCCGUAGCGCUGGACGAGGCUCUUGGAGACUUUGCCUUUCCAGAUGAAUUUAUCUUUGAUGUGUGGGGUGCCAUUGGUGAUGCCAAGCAAGGGCAAUUACAGUGAGACCAAAUGCUUUUCUUCAAAAGCCUUCAUUAGUAGAAGCUCCAACUAUCAUUUCUUGAAACAAGAUCAACAACAUUUAUGUACAAUGAGAUUUC